AUGAAGGUAGUUCCGAAUUCACCAACAAAUCUCACUUGUACUGACAUAUUGGCUGAUAACGGUUACAACGAUCACAUUGAACUGAAAACACUAUCCGUUGUGCAACCAAGUCUUACCAUUGGUGAAUCUGAGCAAAUCCAUCAAUUUUGGGCUGUAAUGUCCAUAGAAGUCCAAAGUGAUUCCGUUGGGGACACUGAAUGUUCUUCGUUUCACGAUAGGGUGAGGAAUGUUUCUCUUAUAACAAUCAAAGAAAUCCAACCACCAACAAUGAUUGAGGGUCACAGUGAUAUUGAAAGUGCUUGCGAAACAUGA